AUGGCUAAGAUGCGUUCCCCAAUCCUCGAGGUGAAAGCACUGCUCCAGAGUCCCCCUUGCACUAGGCCUUGCGGCAUGAUUCAAUUAUGGGAGGGCAACAACCAGAUUUUCCCAGACUCCAUCCCCAGCUCCAUUGAGCUGAUCAUUGAGAACCUCACACUUAGUGAUCCUUAUCUAGCCACCGGCUCUGUCAACACCCUUGCCUACCCGGACGGCUUCUGGACUCUUACCUGGUAUCUGGAGUACGGAAAUUGUUCUCAGCAUGGUACCACGUUCGGUAAAACCACCUUCACCACCUUGACCAUUAGCAAGUCUGGGCAGGCACCCGAUCUUGUGGCGGCCACAUCAGCUGACAAGCACGACACAACAGAUGCCAUAGCAUUCAACAUGACUUCUCUCGGGCCCACAUGUGGAAUGCUCAGGCCCAGCCCAACCACCAACCCAUGCGCGGCGACAAUCAAUUCUGCAGCCGCAUCCAGUAUACCUGCCGCCGCCACAGCCUUCGCCUGUGAUCCUAUUCAGCGCCAAUUAAUCCCAAUUUCACCUGUAUGA